GAAAUAAAAAUCAUUCUGCCAAAAUUUCACUAGUGUUUCAAUUCUUUUUCAAAAUUAUUCUAGCUAUGGCGACGACCACAAGACCGUCACUAAAUCUUCUUCUAACAUUCGUCCUCUUCUUCAUCAUCUUCUCCUCUUCCAUAACACUCAUCACAUCUUCCGAUAUCCGCCCGACGAUCACGACUCGGCUCAUCCACCGCGACUCGGUAUUCUCUCCCCUAUACAACGCAUCCGAAACGGUGUCGUCUCUCGCCCGAAGAGCCACUGAAUCUUCCCUCGCCCGCCACGAGUUCCUGUCGUCGUCGUUGUCAUCCGACGACGACGAUAGGCUGCAGCCGGAGGGUGUCCAGGCCGGCCUGGUUCUGGCCACCCACCACAACGUGUUCUACGUCGAAUUCUCCAUCGGCGAGCCGCCGGUGCGGCAGUUCGCGAUCAUGGACACCGGCAGCAGCCUGACGUGGGUCAAGUGCCUGCCCUGCCGUCCUUGCCUGCCCAACUCCGGCGUGACGUUCUUCGAUCCGACCAAGUCCAAGACUUACUCUCCACGGCCGUGUGCUAGCUACUGCAAGAAGUGCCAAGGAUGGUUCUCGCACAAGGUGUGCAUGUACACACAAGCCUACCUCGGCGGCCACUACUCCGAAGGCGUUCUCGCGACGGAGCAGCUGACCUUCAUGUCUCCGUCCGGCCACGGAGCCACCGUCGCACUUCCCAACGUCCAGUUUGGCUGCUGCAGCACACUGACCGGCACCGAGCACCAGGACCAAAAUUUCAACGGAUUGCUGGCUCUGGGAGCCGGGCCGUACUCUCUGGUCGACGGGCUCGGCUCCAAAUUCUCGUACUGCGUCGGCAGCGUGUCGGAUCGCUCUUACGCCUACAACCGGUUGUCGAUCGGCGCUAAUGCCUACCUCACCGGCGACGCCACUGCGGUUGCCGUGAAAGAAGGGAUCUACUACGUGUUCAUAGAAGGAAUCACCCUAGGAGGCCAGGUACUGAACAUAAAGCAAGAAGCUAUCAUCACAAUGUCGUACAAACAAGGAGUGGUUCUCGACACCGGAGCAGAGCUCUCAUUCCUCUACACAGAAGUCUUCGACGUGCUAAAGGCCGAGGUCGUGAAGCUGGCUAACCCGAUCUUGCAACAGGUUCCGGCGCCGUCACCGUACGAGCUCUGCUACAGAGGUUCGGUGGACAGAGAAGCCAGAGGGUUCCCGGCUAUGGCGCUGCAGUUCGCCCGAGGGGCGGAGGUGACGGUGGACAACUUCGGGUUGUUCAAGCAGGUCACCGGCGACGUGUUCUGCUUCGCCGUUCUCCGGACGGGGACGACCAGCAUUGUCGGGAUGAUGGCUCAGCAAGGUUACAAUGUUGGGUAUGACUUGAGAGCGAGGGAGGUGUAUUUUCAGAGCAUGGAUUGCCAGAUUUUGCCUGAUAGCUAGGGUUUGAUUCGAGGGGGGAAACGAAACUAGUUAGUUUUAAUGUAUCUUUGAAAGUUAGUUUGGGUUGGAUGAUGUAACGAUAAAUUUACCAUAAAAAUGAAUAAAUCAUUUUGAAAAUAUAAUUUUGUUUAUGUCCACAACAUCAGUCAGUUGGUGCAUAAAACUCUUGAGUAUCAUCAAUCGUCCGUAUAAAAAACGUAUAGCGACCUCUAAGUCCCUUGUCUCGGAUAUCAUAACUAGGGGUGGGCAUCGGUCGAUUCGGUCCAAGACUGGAUCAAACUAUCCUCGGACCGGACCGAAAUUUCUUCUAAAUCAAGGAUCAAAGUCGAAUCGUUAUUACUUCGAUUCGGUCUGGAUCAAACCAUAUAUGAAUCGAUUCGGUCUGGACCAUCCCAUUGGACCGACUAAUCUUUCAUUCGAAUAAAAUCACUCUUAAAGG